UUUGGUGAAAUGUAGCGCGUUGUUUUGGCCCCCAGAUUACGAGAGUCCCAACGGCACACCCAAACCCAACAGCAUAUUCUGCGUUGGGCGGGGCAGACGUUCCACGCACGCCACACGACUCCAAUUCCCGCGAAAAACACCGCCACCGCCGCCUCUACGACGUCGUCUCCGAAAGAAUCGAAAACGCCGGCGGCGGCCAUGGCUUCGUUGCUGAACGGAGAGAGAGCCGUCGUGGCGCUGUUCGUCGGCCGCGUCCUCUUCUCUCUCCCGCUCUCUCUCCUCCCCCACGGCCUCGCUCUCUCCCUCCUCGCAAUCUCCGCUCUCGUCCUCGACGUCCUCGCCGACUCCUCCACCAAUCUCCUCUCCCAAUUCAACACCAGGCCCGGUGCUUCCUCAGGUAUAUUAUUGGGCGCCGUCACGUUGCCCACUGUCAUGAUCUCCAAAAUGAUACAGCUCUCACGACCUUUCUCACUCAAUCAAGUUGCAUAUCAAGAGCUUGAAUCUUUGACGAUGCAAUACUGGGCCAUUUCUGCCAGUUCCUUGAGUGUACUUAUAUUCCUCUGCAUCACUAUAUGGUGUGCACCUGGGAAUAAGCCUCCCCCUUCUUUACGCAGUGUUUGGCAUUCAAUUUUAAGCUUAAGUUGCAUAGUAUUGCACACAGCAGUGUGUUGUGUAACUCUUGGUACAUCAUCUCUUACAAGCUCUGAGGCUGCGUUGAAGUUAUUGUGGAUGCUCUGUCAUGGAUUGGCAGUUGUAAAAUUAAUUCAACAUGUUUUCAGAACUUUUCCAUCUUGUGCUUCGAUUGGGGAAGCAUGUCUAGUGGCUUCAGGUCUUGUUCUCUAUUUUGGUGACAUGUUGGCAUAUACUAUUGCAAAGGUGUCUGGCUUCUCAAUUAAAUCAGAUAUGGUACAAUAUGGAAGUAAAACAAACGAGAUAAAUAUUAUUAUACAGGGUUUGCUGCUUGGCCUUCUUCUUUUUCCAGUGGUCUUUAAACUUGUUCUCCGAAUGUGGGAAUGCUCUUUCAGUACGGCCUGCUCUGAAGUGAGGACAAACAAUGAAACUUGGAGAUCAGUUAUAUUCUUUUCGUCUCUCGGAUUUAUCUUGAUUGUGAUCAUUCCAGCGUGGAUGCAGUUUGUUCAGGAUUUUCAUAUGCACCCGUUCUUAUGGGUACUGUCAUUUAUUUUUUCGGAACCACUCAAGAGAUUAUCUCUGUGUGGCUACUGGGUUUGUGUGAUAUGUGUGUCUGUUAUGAGGUUCUACAACAUUUCAAAGAAUAGUAAGAUUGAGAGAAUUUUACUCCGAAAAUACUACCAUCUGAUGGCUGUGUUAAUGUUUGUGCCUGCUCUUAUCUUCCAGCCAGAGUUUCUUGAUCUAGCAUUUGGUGCAGCUUUGGCAGUUUUUUUGGCAUUGGAAAUUGUUCGAGUAUGGAGAAUUUGGCCACUGGGACAAUUUAUACAUAAAUUCAUGAGUGCUUUCACCGAUCAUCGCGACUCAGAUCUUCUUAUUGUCAGCCACUUUUCACUCUUGUUGGGAUGCGCUCUUCCUAUUUGGAUGUCUUCUGGGUAUAAUGAUCGACCUCUAUCCCCUUUUUCUGGAAUUUUAAGUCUUGGAAUUGGAGAUACAAUGGCAUCAGUUGUUGGGCACAAGUACGGGGUACUCAGGUGGAGCAAAACUGGAAAGAAAACCGUUGAAGGGACUGCAGCUGGUAUAACAUCUGUCCUAGCUGCUUGCUCUGUGUUGCUUCCCCUUCUAGCAUCUACUGGAUAUAUUGUUACCGAGCAUUGGAUCUCUAUUCUAGUAGCUGGGACUGUAAGUGGUUUGCUGGAGGCUUACACAGCACAACUUGACAAUGCUUUCAUACCACUCAUUUUCUACAGCCUUCUCUGUUUGUAAGUGCUGCUCCAACUCCUUGGAGGAAAAUAUCAGAAUACAAAUUGCAGCGAAGACAGUUGGAUAAAGUCAUCUUUUACAUUUAUCUGCUUCCGGGGAGCACCUUUUUGUAGAUACAACUAAUCUACUGAUAUAGGAUACAAGCAGCCUGUUGUACCCAUAAUCAGGUUGAAAUAGUUUUUGUUUUAGACUUUAGGAAUACAUAUAAAGGGCACUUCACUGAUUGUGCCUCUACAUGUAGCAUACAAGAAACCACACUGUAAUUUUUAGUUUCAUCUUCCUUCAGAGAAAGGAGGCCUGAGGUUGGUUAGGGAGAGAGUCACAUUGUAGAGACGACGUAGCAGAUUUCUGUAUGAAUACUGACACCAUUUGUUGUUGUAAGGAACCUAUGUAUGAAAACUUGGUUUUGAUUUUGAA